AAUUGAUUCGAUUGAUUUUAAUUGAAAUUCGAAAAAUUGAUUAAAUGUUAACUCGCAAUUCGAGUUGAGAUUAUUUACCUUUUCCAAUUGUUUGAUGAAAGAACUUGAAUGCUGAUCGUUAGAUGGCAACUCUUUCAUUAUCGAAUUGGCAACUAAUCGUUACUAUUACUGUUCCUCUGAGUAGUUAUGAAUUUCAUUCAACCUGUUAAAGUAUUUCAUGAGUUGUGAUGGAUCAGAUUGUUGGAUCUUCGUCAACAUUUAAUCUAACCGACGAUGUUAUGACGAAUUUAACUUUAUGUUUAACGUUCGCAAUUGAUGACGAUGAAUCAAACGAAACGUUAACGUUAAUGGAAAACAAUGAAGUGUUUACAAAUGAUCUAAGUGAGUUUUCUGUUCAUACUGUAUCUUUAUCAUCAUCAUCGUCAUCUUCGUCAUCAUCAUCUACCCAAGUAAUCACACCGACAACAGUUUCAUCAAUUCUUAUUCCGAAAAUAUUAAUUUCGUCAAGUAAAAGUACUAAAGUUAACAAAGUUAUCUAUCAAUAUAAUUUGUUUUAUCUUCUAUUGGGUCUUCUUGUUUUCGUUGGAUGUUUCGGAAAUAUUCUGGUCUGUCUAGCGAUUUGUCUCGAGCGUCGAUUACAAAAUGCGACGAACUUUUUUCUAUUAUCAUUGGCGAUCGCCGAUCUACUGGUGUCGAUUCUUGUCAUGCCAAUGUCAAUCGUUAAUGAAGUUUACGGAUAUUGGCCCUUUGGGAGAUUAACAUGUAACUUUUGGGUUACCUGUGAUGUUCUGUGUUGUAGCUCUUCCAUAUAUCAUAUGUGUUUCAUCAGCGUUGGUCGAUAUGUUGGCAUAAAGAAUCCGCUUCAUGCUCGACAAGCUCGACUUCUUGUUUCAAGACGAGCAGUUCUCUUGAAGAUCGUAAUCGUUUGGCUGAUUGCCGCUUUAAUUACAAGUCCAAUCACAAUACUUGGAGUAAUUGAUUCGUCCAAUAUUAUGCCUGAUCCAUUAGUUUGUUCAAUUGAUAAUAAAUACUUUCUAAUUAUCGGAGCUUUCAGUGCCUUUUAUUUACCAAUGAUGAUUAUGGUUAACAGUUAUGUUCUAACUGUUCGAUUAUUGAGAAGAAAAGCGAAAUUUUGUAAAAAUUCUACUGAUCCUGGUAAAUGGCCUCCAUCUUCUCGAACCUCAAUCACCGAGAAAUCUCAUGGGAAUCAAGGUGAUAAUGGAAAGUAUUCAGAUAAUCAAAGAUGCUUCAAACGGGAUUUCGACACUCGCAAAAUUAAAACUACCUUCAGUUUUAAAACUCGAAGUCUCCACUCGAUAUCAGAUGAUAAUGAUAAUAAUAAUUUCAGAAGGAGUUCUAAUCAAAUAGGGAAUAAACGACCUUCUCCAUCUGGGUCAAUAUUGGGAGGUCAAUUUGGUACCGAUAUAAGAUGUCGAAUAUCUAAAUAUUAUAAUACCCAGCCCAUGAUGAUACGAACAUUAGGUUCAUCUGUACAGGUUCGAACUGAGCAAAAAGCGACGCAAGUUCUUGGUUUGGUCUUUUUCUUAUUCAUCAUUUGCUGGUCACCCUUUUUUACUCGUAACCUUAUCGAGGCUCUUUUUACGAAUAUACAAAUGCCCGCUUCUUUACCAACGAUAUUCCUCUGGUUAGGUUACUUCUCAUCGACCAUUAAUCCCGUUAUUUAUACAAUUUUCAAUCGAAAUUUUCGCCGAGCAUUUCGACGAAUAAUUUUAUGUCAAACAAUCAAGUAUCGACUUCAACGAAGUUCACAAUCAUUUACACCUAAUCAACGUAUCGGUGGUCGUAGAGGUAUUUACAAUAAUUCCAAUCAAAAUAGUCCAAAUGUAAACAACAAUAACAACAAUAACGAUAACGAUAACGAUGAUAAUGAUAAUGAUAAUGUUAAUGAUAACCCUGAUUCUGGAAUGCUGAUAAUGUUAACAUGGAUAAUAUUAAUCUAAAUGAGAAUAGUUCAGAUGAUUGUCCUAAUUCAAUUCAUGGUUAUGUCUAUUCUCAGGGUGGAUUGAUGAUAAAUACAAGGAAACCUGUUGAUUGUAAUGAAUAUUCCGAUGGUGGGAAUCAUGAACCAAUGGAUGAUCAGGAUAAUAUUAAUAAAGAUUAUCAUGAUAAUGUUAUAUCAAAAAAGAAGGGAAAACUUUUUGUGUCAAAGAUUUGCUAUCACACUUCAUCAAAUGAUGAACAAUCAGUUGAACAUGAUGAUAAUAAUGAUAAUCAUCAUCACCAUCAUCAUGUAAUCUCAUCUAAUAGUAAAUAUCAAUCAGGUGAUAAUAAUUAUUCUGAUUCAUUAAACAUGAGAUAUUGGGAUUAUCAAAGGUCCCAUUUUAAAAAUCGAUCUGACCCUUUGGCUACACUUAAGUGUUGCUCUGAAGUUUAAUGUGACAAUUAGUAAACUAAUUACAAACAAUUUACUAUCAAUACAAAUGACAAUGAAAUC